CCCUCCGGCCGCCGAGCGGAGCGAGACUUUCCUGUGGGCCCCGGGACGCCGCCCUCGACGCCAUGGAUCUGCAUCUGUUCGACUACGCGGAGCCGGGGAACUUCUCCGACAUCAGCUGGCCCUGCAACAGCAGCGACUGCAUCGCGGUGGACACGGUCCUGUGCCCCAGCAUGCCCAGCAAGAGCGUCCUGCUGUACACGCUGGCCUUCGUCUACAUCUUCAUCUUCGUCAUCGGCAUGAUCGCCAACUCCGUGGUGGUCUGGGUGAACGUCCAGGCCAAGACCACGGGCUACGACACGCACUGCUACAUCCUCAACCUGGCCAUCGCCGACCUGUGGGUGGUGGUCACCAUCCCGGUCUGGGUGGUCAGCCUCGUGCAGCAUAACCAGUGGCCCAUGGGGGAGCUCACGUGCAAGGUCACCCACCUCAUCUUCUCCAUCAACCUGUUCGGCAGCAUCUUCUUCCUCACCUGCAUGAGCGUGGACCGCUACCUCUCGGUCGCCUACUUCGCCAACACCGCCGGCCACCGGAAGAAGACGGCCCGCCGCGUGGUCUGCGUGCUGGUGUGGCUGCUGGCCUUCUGCGUGUCCCUGCCCGACACCUACUACCUGAAGACCGUCACGUCGGCGGCCAACAACGAGACCUACUGCCGCUCCUUCUACCCGGAGCACAGCGUCAAGGAGUGGCUGGUCAGCAUGGAGCUGGUCUCCGUGGUGCUGGGCUUCGCCAUACCCUUCUCCGUCAUCGCUGUCUUCUACUUCCUGCUGGCCAGGGCCAUCUCGGCCUCCAGCGACCAGGAGAAGCACAGCAGCCGCAAGAUCAUCUUCUCCUACGUGGUGGUCUUCCUGGUGUGCUGGCUCCCCUACCACGCCGUGGUGCUCCUGGACAUCUUCUCCAUCCUCCACUACAUCCCCUUCACCUGCCAGCUGGAGAACUUCCUCUUCACGGCGCUGCACGUCACGCAGUGCCUGUCCCUGGUGCACUGCUGCGUCAACCCCGUGCUCUACAGCUUCAUCAACCGCAACUACAGAUACGAGCUGAUGAAGGCCUUCAUCUUCAAGUACUCGGCCAAAACGGGGCUCACCAAGCUCAUUGACGCCUCCAGAGUGUCGGAAACGGAGUACUCCGCUUUGGAGCAGAGCGCCAAGUGAUGCCCCCGCGGCCCGGGCCGUGGCCGCUGUCACCGGGCGCCGGCCGGCGCAUCCUCGUCCA